AUGGGCGUGGCCAACGGAUUGUCUCUCCCCUGUCCGCCUUUCGCUUUUAUAAAGCGUGAUCCUGCAUUGAGCUGCCACUUCCGCAGCGGUGUCCAUCAGAUAGAGGUGGAGAUGGCGGAGAUCGCACCCAUCAAGGCGGAUAUUGCCGCCGCUAUCCCUCCUGAUCUCAUCAGUGGUCCCGUAACAUCGGCUCCUCCCGUCGCACUCGCUGCCACGAAGAAGAAGGCGGCCUAUCGCCCGCAGAAAGGCGCAGCGGCCGCCGUGGCCGAGCAGAUCCUGGAUGCCGUGGCCGCCACCAAGGAGCGUCAGGUCGCCAAGCUGGGCGCUGUAAAGAAAACCUCGGCAGCCAGCUGCAGGACGGACAAGGUCGGCGCCUGGCCAAAUAAGUCUAACAAGAGCGCUCCAUCUGAGGACGGCACUGACACUUCCGCGGCCACUCUCUCGGAGCGGGUUAAGGAGCUGAGAGGGGCAGAGUGCGAACCGGGACAAGGCAAAGUUCGGAACAAAAGGAACACCAAGAAAAAAGCGCCUGCUAGGAAAAUGGGCCCGAGGACCGCCGCCCAGAGAAGGGCUAAGAAACCGGCGGCCAAGAGUCCCAUCAAGCGCAAGGCGGCCAAGAAAGGGUCCAAGAGACCUGCCUCCAGCGCUGUGGGGCAGCAACGACGGGUAGUCAGAAAGAGGUAG